GUGCACGCUAUCAGAUAAUAUGUUCCGCGAAUGGAUUUCGAUGGGAGGAGUUUCUUGCCCCAAGGGGGUAGGUAGACGCAAACACCUUCAGCAUCUUUUUCCAAGGCGCGCUUUAUGUGGAGUCACAGCCUUAUGGCGAGGCGAGGGGACGGGGGACAAGUCCAGCGCCCGAACGGAGCUUUAAACUAACAUGGGAUUUCACAGCGUGGACGUGGAAGGCAAUGUGAUCUUCCACACACUCAUCUGACCUCUUGAGCGGCCCAUUGAUCAGUUAAGGGAAGACUGAGCUCACGUUGUCACCAGACAAUCUCUUUCUGCACUAUUUUAACUUGACUGGACUGCAAUGCAAAGAUGCCAAUCUUGGAGAAAGAAACGACCAGAGACCAAGGCAGCCAAAUGUUGCCAAAGGUCCCUGUGCCCCCACUAAAACAAACCCUCGACACUUACUUGAAGUGUGUCCAACACCUUGUGAAGGAGGAGCAGUUCAAGAAAACAAAGGCCAUCGUGGAGAAGUUUGGGGCUCCUGGAGGCGUCGGAGAGGUUCUCCAGAAGAAGCUUUUACAGAGGAGAGACAAGACUACCAACUGGGUGUAUGACUACUGGCUGGAGGACAUGUACUUGAACAACAGGUUGGCCCUACCGGUCAACUCCAGUCCUGUCAUGGUGUUUCCUAAGCAGACGUUCAGAGAUCAUACAGACGCCCUCAGAUUUGCUGCUCGUCUCAUCAGAGGAGUGUUGGAUUAUAAGGCUCUCAUUGAUGCGCGAGCACUGCCUGUGGAUUUUGCUCGAGGCCAGCUAGCUGGGACCCCUUUGUGCAUGGAGCAGUACUACCGCCUUUUCAACUCCUAUCGCUACCCAGGGCUGAAGACAGACACGCUAAAGGUCCAGAUAAACGCAGCUUCCUCAGCGCCAAAGCACAUCAUAGUAGCGUGCAAGAACCAGUUUUUCGUGUUGGAUAUAGUCGCAAACAGCAAGGAGCUUAAUGAGACAGAGAUCUUAUCCCAACUGGAGAAAAUCAUGAAAAUGGCAGAAAACGCCAAAGACGGACUGCCUCCUUUGGGCAUCCUGACAUCUGAUGGGAGAACAGAAUGGGCACAAGCCAGAGAUGUACUAACAAAAGAUCAAACCAACAGGGACUCUCUGGCCCUGAUUGAGAGCUGUCUGUGUGUGGUGUGUCUGGAUGAGCCCAGUGGCCUGGCGCCUCGAGAUACUAACAGGGCCCUGCUGAUGCUGCAUGGUGGCGGCCGUGAGAAGAAUGGGGCAAACCGCUGGUAUGACAAGUCAAUGCAGUUUGUUAUAGGAAUGGACGGGAUAUGCGGAGUUGUGUGUGAUCAUUCGCCAUUCGAGGGAAUAGUUAUGGUGCAGUGCUCCGAAUACCUGAUGAAAUAUAUAACAGGGAGUCCCUCCAAGAUCGCGAGAACUUCCAGCAUCAGAGAGUUACCCUCUCCUAGAAGGCUGCUCUGGAAAUAUAACCCACACAUACAAGAACUCGUAGCAGCAUCUGGAGACAGACUCAAAAGGAUGGUUGAUAAUCUUGACAUGGAUGUUUUCAAGUUCAACAAUUAUGGGAAAGAAUUCAUCAAAAAGCAGAGGAUGAGUCCAGACGCGUUCAUACAAGUUGCCUUACAACUUGCAUUUUACAAAUGCAACAGAAGGCUCGUGUCCACUUAUGAGAGUGCAUCUCUUCGACGUUUCCAAGACGGUCGGGUUGAUAACAUACGCUCUGCCACCCGUGAGGCCUUGGCCUUUGUAAUGUCCAUGACAGAUGAGAGGGACACUUUCACCGAUUCUGAAAAAAUUAUACGAUUGAGGGAGGCAAUUAAUGCCCAGACAAAUUAUACAAUUGCAGCUAUAACAGGAAUGGGAAUAGACAAUCAUCUCCUCGGGCUUCUGAGGAUUGCAAAGGAGCUCAACAUGGAGAAGCCAGAGAUCUUCUGUGAUGAGACGUAUUUGGCCAGCAACCAGUUCAUCCUCUCUACUAGUCAGGUCCCUACCACAGUGGAAAUGUUUUGUUGCUACGGCCCGGUGGUGCCCAACGGCUACGGCGCCUGUUACAACCCGCAGUCAGACCACAUCAUCUUCUGUGUGUCUAGUUUCUGGGAGAACACAGAGACGAGCUCCGCAGUUUUUGUCAAAGCCCUGAAUGAGGGCCUGCUGGAAAUCAGGGACUUGUGCAAUAGAAGCAGCGUGGUGGCUCCCAAACUUGCUGAUAGCAGCCAGGGAGCCUGCCGGCCUCAUAUAUCAGGGAAGUAAGCCACAAUGAGAGAGCAAGCCUACUCCAGCUGCUCCACUCAACACUCUUAGACCUUGACUCAGUUGUUGAGAUGCAUUUGUGUGUCUUUGUUGUUUGUGCAAUAGUGAUCCUUCAACAAGAAAAUACAAAGCCUUAAAGGAGAUAUAUUAUAUGUUAAUAGUGACAAUUGUGAAUGAGAACUAAAACUUUUUUUUAUGUGUGUAGACAUAAUAAUUAUUUCAGGUCCAAUGACCCUGUUUAACUCGGCAGACUGAGAAUAACUGGUCUGCUGCAUUUAGGAAACUAAAGCCAUGCCCGCUUAGUAGCACUGAUGAGAGGGGCAGUUCCUCUGUUAGAUUAAUCCAGCUGAGUGAUCCCAAUGUAUAUCUUACAUACAUAGAGUAGUAAUUUAAUAUAUAAAAAAUAUACAGUAUAUUUAAGUGACUUAUAACAAUCAUGACAUCCUGUAAAUGUGAUCCUGUUUCACUUUAUGUGUGAAAUUAUAUUAACGACGGAAAAUGUUACAAAUGUUGUAUAUACUAUCUAUUUUAAUGUGCUAAAGGUAUGUACAUUCUUUGAUUCUAUUGCCGCCAUACGGUUGAAAAAGACAUUGGGAAUAUGUGAAGUCUGUCUAAUGAGGCACUUUAAGAUAUUUAUAUGAAGUUAUGAUUGAAUAACUGUAAACAUAGAGGACUAAUGAGUAAUGUGUGUAGAAGGAAAAUAUGUGUGGUCUCAAUUGCACAUUAGAAGUCGUCUAGAUGUACUGUAUGUAUGUGUUACAUAUUAUAGCAGUAGUUGAUAAGUGUAGAGUGUAAUAAACAGUGGUAUUUUAUAAUAAAACAGUCCAGUGGUGAUUGAGGCAAACCACUGUGUUCAUGUGUAUAUGAGUGCUUUUUAUUUGCACUUAGAGGUAGAAUGAAGGAUGUAUUGAUAUGCUGUAGUGCAAUAACACAAUAGCGAGUGCAGUGAGGACAUAUGUGCAAUUUACCAAAUCAACUUAUUAGAUGCAUGGAGUUCACGUAAUAUUAAAUUAACUAUUUUUGAUAUUCAGAAAUGUCGGACUAUCUGUAACAUUAGAAUAAAUAAUUGCAAUCUACAUAAUGCAUGCUGUUUGAGUCCAAACAUGUCAAUUCAAUGUGUAGUGUGUCUUCGAUGUUUCUAGAAAAUGUAUAUUGUGUUUUAAUCUGUGGUGGUUAUAGCAAAUGAAUCUGUGUUCUGAAUCUGUGAAGAUAUUUGUUGUCCUGUAUGACUCUUGUCUGUUACAUAUCUACGAAUCAUCAGCCAAAGUAAAUGUGAACCUUGAGGAUUAUUCAAAUAGAGUUUAAAGAAAAGACUAUAAGCGACACACGUUGCAUGAUUAUUCUUACAUACUGAGUGUAUUUUUAUAUGUUCACAUGAAAAGCUUAUAUAAUGACAAAGAAAAAUAAAGUAAAAUA